CGGACUAGUAGCAGACAGGAGCAGACGGAGAGCAAGGAGUCUUUACCCACAGAGUUUAUGUUGAAUAGUUUUGAGAUUCACAAGACAAGAAAAUGAAAUCUCCAAAGCUGAAGUCUCAAGGCAAAUUUAUUUCAGCUAAUUUCCUUGAAGAAGAGGAUGAUCUGUUUGACGUCCUGUGUGAGUUUGACGCGGUGAUCGAGGAUUUUACGUCCCCGGUGGAGAAGAGACACUUUCGCUACGACGAGCACCUGAAGAACGUGAAGAGACGCAGCAGUGCCAGCGUCAGUGACAGCGGCAUCAGCGACUCGGAAAGUGCUGAGUCACUCAACAGGAACAGCUUCAGUUUCAGUGAUGAGAGACUGAACUCUCCCACCGUCUUCACUCCCUCCCCCACCACCCCCCCACCUCUCACGUCACCCAAAGCUAAACUGGGAGACACUAAAGAACUGGAGGACUUCAUUGCUGACCUUGACAAGACAUUAGCCAGCAUGUGACAUAGAGCCGAAGAGAAGUGACAGAGACCCUUUUUGGAGAGUAGCCAUCGAGAGGAGGGGAGUCCCUCUCCAGACACCCAGGCGCCCCACAACAAACACACAAACACACACACACACAAACACACACACACACACACACACACACACACACACACACACACACA